GAUUUCUGGGAAAAGGAUCUCGGGAAUUUUGGCCAGAAACUAAAAUGAGAGUCCAGCUCUGAGAAGUUGGGGGUGGUGUGUAUGGGGUCAGGGCUGUGAUUGGACUGCACAGUUCUCUAGGGAGGAGGAAAGCAAAAGUAAAAAGAAAAGAGCAGGGGAGAGGGGAGAAAUCCUCCCGGCCCCCUCCCCACCCCAUGCACACUCACCCAUGCCUGAAGAGGGGGCAGCCACUAUCUGCAGAGGGUCCCCAUGUGUCAAAGGUGAUGGCAGCAGAUGCUGGACCCAGGGAACCCUCUACCCCGAGUUGGCCUGCAAGGCCUCCGGGGACGGACUUGCCAACAGCUGGACUUGAUCACCAGUUUGCAAAGUGAGAUCACGCAUCAGAGGGAGUAACCAGCAGAGUUUGCUGUCCGCCUGUUUUUGGAGGAUUUUCUUAGCAGCGGCUAAAAAGCAGGAGACCACCACCGGGACCCUUGAGUCUCCUUCGGGAAGCAGCAGCAGGGAUUCCCACCCUGGGUGGUUUGCAGGAUGAUGCUGGCUCUUAGGCGAGCUUGCAUUUUCAGGGCUGUGGUCUUCAUGGCCUUCCUGCCCCCGCCGCCACGCGCCCAGGACCCGGCCAUGGUGCACUAUAUCUAUCAGCGCUUUCAAGUCUUAGAGCAAGGACUGCAGAAAUGUACCCAAGCAACAAGAGCGUACAUUCAAGAUUUCCAAGAGUUCUCGAAAAACAUAUCCGUUAUGUUGGGACGAUGUCACACCUACACAAGUGAGUACAAGAGUGCAGUACACAACCUGGCGCUGAGAGUGGAGCGCGCCCAGCGGGAGCUCGACUACCUGGAGUACCUGCGGGAGGCCGACGUGUGUGCAGAGUCAGAGGACAAGGCGCUGGCAGAGAAGCUGGUCCAAGAAGCCGAGGAAGAGCAGAGGGUCCGGACGCUACUAAACGCAAGCUGUGACAAUAUGCUGAUGGGCAUAAAGUCUCUGAAAAUAGUGAAGAAGACGAUGGACACAGAUGGCUCUUGGAUGAAAGAUGCUGUCAGUGACUCUCCAAAGGUUUAUGUCUUCAUUGGGUCCAGAAACAACACUGUCUGGGAAUUUGCCAAUAUACGGGCCUUCAUGGAAGAUAGCACCAAGCCAGCCCCCCGGAAGCUGAUUCUAACACAUUCCUGGCAGGGAACAGGCCAAGUGAUCUACAAAGGUUUCCUAUUUUUUCACAGCCAAGGGACUCCCAAUGAGAUCAUCAAAUAUAAUCUGCAAAAGAGGAUUGUAGAAGACCGGAUGCUUCUCUUUGGAGGAGCAGGCAGAGCCCUGGCCUACCAGCACUCCCCUUCGACUUACAUUGACCUGGCUGUGGAUGAGCACGGGCUCUGGGCCAUCCACUCAGGGCCAGGCAUCCGCAGCCAUUUGGUUCUCACGAAAAUUGAGCCUGACACUCUGGGAGUAGAACACUCAUGGGACACUCCAUGCAGAAGCCAGGACGCUGAAGCCUCGUUCCUCUUGUGUGGGGUCCUCUACGUGGUCUACAGUUCUGGAGGCCAUGGCCCACAUCGCAUCACCUGUGUCUAUGAUCCUCUUGGCACCAUCAUUGAAGAGAAUCUGCCCAACUUGUUCUUUCCCAGGCGGCCGAGAAGUCACUCCAUGAUCCAUUACAACCCCAGAGAUAAGCAGCUCUAUGCCUGGAAUGAUGGAAAUCAGAUCAUUUACAAACUCCAGACCAGGAGAAAGCAGCCUCUCCAGUGAUACAUUACAGUGGGGAGGGAGAUGGCCAGGGAUGCUGUGCUCCAGGAUGGGGGCCAGGGCCCCUCUGCAAUAUACUGUAGUAUUAAUAUAUUAAUAGCAUCCCACUAAUGACACACAGGGAGAUGAGGGGCUGCAAGUGGGGAUGCACACACAUCCUUUUCUAGAUGGUACUGCCUUUGGUAUCUUCUAAGAGCUUAGAUGACAGUCUGUCAUUCAGGAAUUUUCAGGAACUUCCAUUACCCAUCCCAAUGCCUUGGUGCUCAAGGCCUUCCACAUCCUGAUCCAGCUUACUUCCAACCUUUUCUUUUUAGUAAAGUAUUGUAGCAUGUACUUUAAUAACUCUCCCCACUCUCACCUUCUCAGCCAUUAGAAACGCAGGCCACACCCUCAUACUCCUGGCUUUUCUCCCCUCUGGCCUUUGCCCAGGCUCUUUCCUCUUUUAUAGUUGCCUGUUGCUAUUCUUCUAUUAUUCACUGCCCAACUGAAGUACUAUUUUUUGGAUUAAUUUUUAUUCGAGUAUACUUGCUUUCAAUGUUGUGUUAGUUUCUACUGUACGGCAAAAUGAAUCAGCCCUGCAUACACACGUAUCCCCUCCCUUUUGGGCUUCCUUCCCAUUCAGGUCACCGCAGAGCAUUAAGCAGAAUUCCCUGUACUGCUACACAGUAGGUUCUCAUUAGUUAUCUAUUCUAUACAUAGUAUCAAUAGUGUAAAGUAAUAUUUCUAGUUGAUGUUUGAUUUUGAUUUCCCCUGGUACUGUCCCUACACCAAGCAAGGCGGUCGUAAUAAGAAAGUGAAAACAUUCCUAUUUGCAUACCACUUUCCAGUUAUAAAGUGUCUGCGCCUGUGUUAGAACUCCUCUCACCCUUAUGAGAUAAAUGGGACAAGCCUUUAUAGACAGAGGGUUUCGGUGAGUCAUUCAAAGUACCAAAGCUCCAAAAGGAAAGAGCUAGAAAAUACCGCAAAGCCCAUAAUCUUGUCAUUGUCCAAGAAAGCAUCAAAUAUAUGUUUGUUCACCCAACCUUUUCUCAGAAAUUUGUUAAUCAUUUCAGCCUAAAAAUAAUAGCCUGCCCCUUUAGCUAGUUUCAUGCCUGCACAAGACCCUCCUUUAGGCCUUUGAAAAGCUACUUCCUCCAGAAAACCAGCCUAAGGCUGAGGACCCUUCUGUAGACUCAUCUUGCCUUACCUUUCCCUGCUUCUUUCUUCUUGCCUGAAACACAAUAAAAGUAACACUAAGCAAAUAAACCUCAUCAGGUUGUAUUUGCCUACAUGCCCUCAGCAUAAAAGUUUCAGGGAGUGCUGCCUGUGCUGGAUGUACUGUGAACAAUCCCCAACUCACUGAGGCCUUCAGGAAGUAUUCUGGAAUCUGGAUGGAUGCCAGAUAGCAGGCGACGGACUCCCUGCCACAGCAGGCGUGCCACGUGGCACAGGGGACAGAGACCACCUGGGCCUGUCUGGAGGGGCUUCUUCAAACUCUUUCCCACACAUUUGUUCACUGCAGGCUGGUUCGGGUCACAAGUGCAGGCUGUGGUGCCAGUCUGUGUCAUGUGCUGGGGCCUCUGUCUUCCCAGGUUGGUCACAUGAGAGGGUUUGCUCUGUGUGUUUGCAGCUGUUUUUGAACUCUGCCAAGCCCAGGCUGGGACCAUAGGCAGUGAAGAGAGGGGUGGUUGUUUUUUUCUUUUUCUUUCCCAUAGCAUUUGAGUAGCUGUUUGGCAGAAUGGAAUUGCUAACCCCAUGGACAUAGCACAGUUACCCACAGUUCUAACAGAGUGAUACAGAGAGCUGAAAUCCAUUGUGGAAUGAGGCAGGUAUGAAUAAAUAAAUGUGGUGAUAUUACCC